UCCUAUCGAAACCAGUAAUGUUUAUGUCGUGAAAAGCCUCGGUACUUUAGAAGUUGAGAAUUAAUUCAUGUAGACAAUAUAAAACGCGCAGUGUUCAUAUCCCAGUCAUGGAACUUUCAAAUAUUGGAUACCUGCUCAGCGUCUUCAUUUUUUUCACGGUAAUCUCCAGGACAAGAUGCGACAUCUCAGACAACACGAUAGAGAAAAACACCGAAAGAAUUGUCGAAAGAAACGAAACCAACACUAUGGAACCAAUGGCAGUGAAACAGGGUGAACUACAACUCCUGGAGAUGUUGAAGACGCAGAUAAAAGCCAAGGAAGAAGAACUGAAGAAGGCGGAGGCGAUAAACAAAAACUUCGAGAAGAUGAUACAGCUGGUCAGUAUACUCGGACAGAUAGACACGUUCCUGACAGAAAGGACCAGAGCUUUGAUCAGGAAAAUGGCCAUCUUGACCGAAGACGAAGACGCUGACUUACAACACUUCGAUGAAGAGAGCUGAAAUUCAGGCUUUUGUUAAGAUUUUAUAUAAAAAAUUUUUAAAC